ACACGCUGUCCUCCAGAACUUCAUGUAGACUUUCUCCUCGGUUCCUCAUCUUCCUCCUUUGGGAGAACAUAAGAAGGGGAGUUACAGCGGAAGUGGUUGUGAUUGACAGCUGCACCGUCCAAUACAAGUCUGUCAGGAGGAAACAAACUGUGAAUCACUGUCAGUGUGGGAGCAGAGAGAGCAGCGGCCCCUUUAAGAAAACAGGUGUGUCCUUCGUCAUAGGCAGGUAACGUAUGACAAACAGGAAGUGACUUCAACAACAGAGAGGAGUGUGAACAAAGAUGGACAUGAAGGAAGAAGAGAAAGAGUUUGAUCGUCCUGACUAAAGAAAUGAGGAAACCUUUGAAGCUCGUCAGUGUGUGUUUGACAGCAGCCCUCUUCUGGUCGAACUUGGUAAUGUCUCAGGACCCGGUGCCAGUCCAGUUCCAGAAAGAUCCAGUCCUGGUCCAAACGGGCACAGAAAUCGUGUUCACAGUUAUAACAGUUCCUCAGGUUCUUUCUAUGACAUGGCAGUACCAGGGAGACGUGACUCUGGGCAUCUGGACCGGGGGCAAUUCAGUCAUCGAUCCGGUUCCUCAGUUCGAAGGCAGGGUCACCCUUAGGGCCAACCAGCUCCGAAUCGGAGGGGCCCAGCUCCGAGAUGCAGGGAACUACUCCGUGGUGGUCAUUCCCAAUUUUUCCACAGGUCUGAUUCAGAACAGCAGGUCCAUUCAGCUCCGAGUGUUUGAUGCUGUGGGCGGAGUCAGUGUGCAGGUGCCCCUGGUGGCGAUGGAAAGUAAAAAUGUCUCACUGAAGUGUGUUUGGACAGCAGGCACAGAGACAAUGGUUCAGUGGAAAAAAGGGGGCGCUGCCGUCCUCCCUGACUCCAGGAUUACCAUAACAGACGAGGGUGAUCUGGUCAUUAACCCGGGACAACGCGCCGAUACUGGAGAUUACAUCUGCACCGUCAGCAACCUGGUCAGCGCCCAGAGCGCCACCAAGACUCUGACGGUCUACUAUGGUCCCGAUGAUCCAGUUCUGACCAAAGACUCACCCAAGGACUGUGUGGGCGAUGGAGACGUCCAGGUAGGAGAGCGCAUCCGUCUGACGUGCAUGUCCGACUCUCUGCCCCCCGCUCUCUUCUCCUGGCAGCGGGAUGGACAGACGCUGGUGUCCGAUCAACCGGACAGCGGCGUCCUCCAUGUGCAGACGUUUUCCACAGAUGAGAGCGGACGCUACGUCUGUACGGCCAGAAACGGCAUCACCCAGGGGACGUCGGAGCAGGACACUGUCCUCACUGUCGUUGAAACCUGUCUGAAUGGAGGUGAAGUGGCAGGGAUUGUGAUCGCUGCCCUGGUGCUGAUCCUCAUCAUCGCUCUCCUCGUCACACUCAUCGUUUUCCUGGUUCGGAGGAGGAGCAGGAGGAAUGAACCAAAGCCUGGAGCUGGACCUCCAGGUCGUCAACCUAACGGUACCAGGAUCUUGGACCAGGGUCUAAAUCCUCCGCUUCAUUCCACGACCACCCCAGCUGGACGUCACUCGUACGACCGCCCGCCUCAGAACCAGCAGAUGCUGCAGCUGACCAGCCUGAGCCACCCGCACACACCGGUGCACCCUCUGGGUGGCGGUGUUGACAACCCCGCAUUCACACACACACACCAGCUGCAAAACACACAUCAGCAGCCGGACUCACUCGCUCACCUACAGUCCACGGGGAACGCCCAGAGCCGGAGUCUGCAGCAGGUGCAGGCGCCACCGGCCGCGGUCCAGCUCAGCCUCAACACACCUCCACAAACGGCUCCGCCCAACAACAGCAACAACCAACAAAUGCCAACGAUCAACGUCAACCUCAACUCCUUUCCCUCCAUCGCUCCUCAGACACAGGACCCUUCCUUCGCUCCUAACAAUCAACAAACACAACGAAUCCUGCAGGAUAUUCCCCAGGGGCCGUCCCACCCCGGAGAUCCUGGACCGACUGGACCCAGGGGCAGAGGUCAGCCUGGACUCAUACCCACUGGGUACACACACUUUAACGACAGUGUCGUUCUGCAGAAUGCCGUCACACAGACCUAUGAGCAGGACUCUCCUGGAAACCGGCGUUCCAGCAGGGGGGGCUUUGAGGAGCCCUCCAGUUCCACCCUCAGACAGAUGCCAUGGGAUCUCCUCAGAGGAACGCCAUCGUACCCCAGCGAGACCCUUCAAAGACGACAGUUACCUCCAGAGGUCCCCUCAGAAAGCUCGGACUACACCGCCCGUCCUGCACCACAAAGAAGAAGAUCCCAGUCCAGAACUCGUGACAGAUCAAGGAGUCCGGGCGCUGCAGCCACACAAAAUCGCCACGAUCGAGGUCACAGCACGAACGUUCGUGUUGAAACGCAGUCAGAGGUUUUAAGAAGUUCACGCACAGAUGGUCCAAAUGAUCAGCAGGACCUCAGACGGCCGUCUCGUGGACUCGUAGUACCGAAACUGGAACCCGCUCGCAGCCAGAGCCGCCCUCCAACCAGUCAUCAGGUCACAUCACAGGGACCGACUGGACGAGGACAUACAGAUACACGAGCACUGGUGGAUCCCAAUCACCUUCCUCAGACGCUGCAGAAUCAGAACCAUCAACAGGUGGAGUCUGUACCACUCACUACUGGUACCGCUCCUCCGACUGGAACCAGCGCAGCUCAUCAUGGUCCUACUCGGCCUGUCUCCAAUAACCUGACCCCGGCCGCCCUUAAAGCCCACACUGACAGGGCUCGGAUUUUUCCGAGUCGGAGACAACAGACCCAGGCCUCUCUGCUCAGUCCAGGAGCACAGACUCGAACCCCCGCCCCUGUCGCUGCAGCUCCAGGUGCAGGGCCUCAGCGACCUCCGACCCCACCACCAGUCGUGCCUUUCUCACACUUUCAACAUCUUCCUAAAGAACGAACUCGACACCUGUCCCCGACUCGAGCCCCUGCGGCCCCCAGACCUCCGGUCAACGUCCCCCUCAGUCAACGGAACCUUCAGGUCCAACGGCAGCGGCAGCAAGGCAACGCGCCACAGAACCAUCAGCACCACCGUCGUCACCCUGCUGGUCACGUGCACGUCAGUCCGCAAAGGCACGGCCACGCUCAUCCUCAUCACCAGGGUGACAGACGCCCCGCCCACUUUUCCAGUCCCCGACAGCCACACGUCCACAGAGGGAGGCCCAGAUGACGACGGACGGGCGUCUGGCCAAUCCGACUUCAUCAUCCAGAGAAACCAACUAACUGCUGACAGAUGCCCCCUGCUGGUCCCACUGGUCAAUCAUAAGGUCCAGUUUUGAGAAAAAUAAGGUACAUAUAUUUAUGAACACAUGCAUGUAUAUGUAUGUAUAUAUAUAUAUAUAUAUGUAUAUACAGUAUGUGUAUAUAUGUACUGUAUGUACUUUCAUCAGCAAAAAUGAUUUCUUCUUCUUCUCAUUUACACUAAUUUCAUAAAUGUGGUGGUGGACCGGCUACUGUUACAGUAAGUCAUACAGUGAGAUUAUCAUGUUAUUAAUUAUCACAACUGCUGAUGGUAAUAGAACCCCAGUCAGGUACUGAGAUGUUCUUGUAUUUAUGUGAUACAUUUAUUUUCAGAGAUAAUACAAAUGAUUAAAAAAAAAAAAAAAUCAAACGUGUAAAUUAAU